UGGUCACGACACAAGCUCCGAUACGCGCUUCAAAAAAGUCUCCCUCAAUUACUCGACACACGCUUCGAAGCCUCGACACAGAACGACACAGUCACUGAGUGAUUAUUCAUUUGCUGAUUAUUCAUCUUUAUGCAUGUCAGGAUGUUUCUGUCUGCGGCGGCCCUGAUCUUCACCUUCACCGCGGUGGGAAGAGCUGUACCCGAGACCUACAAGAAAGGAGGUGUAGCUGUGCUGUCACCAGGCUCUGUGUCCGGGUCCAUCACCGCCGUCAUAUGGAAACGCGGCCAGGACAUCGCUGUGGAGUGGUACGGAGAGGAAACGACUACAUACCAGUACUUCAGAGGUCACUGUGAGCUGAACACCACCACUGGAGAGCUGAUGAUCUCAAACCUGAGUGUGAAGGACAGCGGCAGCUACACGGCAGAGAUCAACAACAGAGUCACGAAGACGACUGAAAUCAAAGUCAUCACCGCCGUCCCCAAACCCACCAUCUCCACACACUGCAACCCUGAGGAGACUCAGUGCACUCUCACCUGUGAUGCCAGCAUCACCAGAAACACAGGCGCAAUCAGCUAUUCCUGGGAAAUAGGCGACAGGCACAUACCUGACUCUCCAAGCAACUGGAUCGACAUAACAAAGAACGAUACAGAUUUGUUGGGAAAACCGAUCAGCUGUCAGUUGGAAAAUCCAGUCAGCAGGGCACGCAGUGACGACAUCAGGAGCCCGUUCACACCUAACAGAAGAUCAGAGGGUGUGAACAAACCAGCAGUGCUGCCAGUUGUGUUGAUUGUGGUGUUUGUGGUGAUUGUGGCGGCUCUGGCUGGCUUAGUGUUUUGGGACAAACACAGACAACAAAAUGCACAUGAAAGUUGGCGUCAGUACUUUGCCCGCUUUGACCCAAGGAGCUGCCAAAAUCCUGAGAGGAGCAGAGGGACUCAAAGAAGCACCAAUGGAGCUGUAACAGGACGUGACUACCACACAGUACCCACCCAGGACCGAGACCUGGAAUCUGUGUCCCAAGAACCCAGGAAUGAAGUUGAGACGUCUGCAGUGGCACCAAAUGCUGAAGAACCACCCGACCAUCACCACCAGCAGGAGGACGAGACAACAGAGGAGUAAAGCUGAGGACCUGUGACGGUGGCCUUUGUAGCUACAUGAGUGAUGAGAGAUUUGCACAGCCAGAUAAGACUGUGCUCAGACACUGAAGCAUGCUGGGAGAUUUUCUGUGCUCAUGCAGAACUGCACAGCGUGAGAGGAGCAGGCUAGCAGCAGGGUGCCUACCAGAAGUAGUAGUUUUCAGAAUUCUUCCAGUGGGUUGAUUCCUGCUCUGGCCUGUUGUGGCAUGUUUGACAGUCCUGCAUUAGAGGGUCAGCUAAACAAAGAGCCUCAGAGGUCCAUUCAUUUCUCUGAUAAGCUGCUUUCUUGCACUUUAUGUGCUGGUAUGAAAGUCUCAUUAUGAUUCCAAUGAUAAACAAGAAAAGUGAAGCUAUGCUGGAUUAUAUUUAUAUUAAUUUAUUUUUAUAGCAGGAAUGAUGCAUACAGGGCUGUCACACUAUCAGGUUUUCACUUUGAUAAGAUUUUACAUGUAGUUCACGAUGCCAAAAUUGUAGUUUCAUGAUGUGGUUGAAGAAAUCCUUCGCCGACAGUCUUAAUGUAUAACAUAAAGUUUAUUUACAAAAAAGACAGUGUCAAAACGGGCGCUUUCCUUUGCGACCUGGGAGAGGGUAUGUCUCUAAUCGCCCUAGCUCCCAGAACAUAAGAAGAGACAAAGGUUAUAUAGUGUAGUGUUGGCAACCCCCACAUCCUACCUUCCAUACAUGGUUAAGAAAACAGCUCCAGCCUCCUAACCUAUAGCUGGACAUCUGGACAUCUCCUUAUAUGGCAAGCUAGAGAUCCUACAAGGACAUUCUAUGCAUUCCUUUGUGCUGCAUCUCAAGUUACCCUUCUGCACAAUCAAUAAAGGCUUUAAGGAGAGAGACCAUAUAUGCAUACAUAGAGUUUUAACAGAACAGUACAGCCACUACAUAGUAUUUUCUGAAAAACCAGGUAUAUCUUGUUUCCUGCAUGUAUGUGAGGUCAUUCUCUUUUUUGGAGAGAGCAACAAAAGGUUACACUCUCAUACCAUUCACUGAUCAAAGCAGCCCUGAACUCAAGGCCUUAAUCCUAAAGGAGAAAACCUAAACAUAAAUGCAGUUUAACACACAAUUUAACACACAGAUCGAUCAGACACCACAUACAUUAAUAACUGUGAAAUCUACGUGAAAUUGAAGGAAAAAUAAUCACUCUAAAUAAUUUUCAUGAAUUCAGCUGAACUAGUGUGAGCACUGAUAUAUGCAGUAUUCAGUUUGCACAAGUAUCAUGGCACAGAGGAUUGUUGAUGAUAUGUGCAUUUUUAGCAUAAAUGUGAACGUUACUGUGGAAAUGGGAAAAUCGUGACACUCCAAAGUAAAAUAGCACACAGUACUUUUAGUCACGCCUGCACUUUCUGUAGUUCCAGCUUGUGUGGGUUAUUUUUGUUAUUUACACACAUGGUGACUGAAUGCAUUAAUGGUGCCAAAUGCUGCCUAUAGUGCAUUGAUAGGGAACCAGAGUGCAUUAACCCUUUAAAGCCUGAACCAUGAAAUAAUUGCCAAAAAAAAUUAAUUAGUUUGCAUAUAUGAGUUUUAUAGGCUGUAGAUGUCUCAAAAACUAACAUAACCUCAUGUAUGAAAUAUUCUACACUUGGUAUUAAGGGAUUUAGAGCUCUUGUACAGGUAUUUAUUUUCUCUAUCCUGGAGAUUUUCAUGUUUUCAUGAAUUCACUGUCUGUCCACUAGAGGUCGCCAAACUGAUGGCUCACUUACUUGUGGGCCGUCUUUAAGUGAACUUGAACAUAAAACAAAAUCUCCAGGGGUGAAAAUGUUUCUUAUUAAAUCCAGCACGUUUGUAUCAGUAUUUUAAUGUUUGGGAGAGUUGUAAAACUUUUUAAAUAUUUAUUUGUUAGCACAUUUCUGCCUUCACCUUUCUGUGCAUGUUUUUUGUAUUUAUCUUUAUACGUUUAUUGCAUUAUGUUUUGUUACGUUAUGCAUUGCUUUCACUUUAGAUGUUCAGUACUGCUCUAUUAAUGUGACUGACUGUGUUGCAUUUAUUACUGUAAACACACAAACCUCUGGACACUAAACUGCCUUUGUUUGUUUGUCUUUAUUAUUUUAGCUGAUGUGCGGCUCAAAUUAAAAAAUAGCUUCAGUUAAAGGGUUAGGCUUCCUUUUAAUUUGAACUAUUUUAACCCCCAAACAUCAGCUCACAGGUCCACUCUAAGUGCUUCCACUUUGCUUGAAUGUAGAACAAACUUUACUGCACUGAAGGAGCACUGUGAGUUGCCUAUGAUAUCACCACCAUGCCUUAAGUGCCAUAUAGUUCAGAUGCUAUUGUGAGAGCAUUAUUCAGGAACUAUCAUAUAUCAGGCUUUUCUCGCCAUCCAGGUUAUGUGAAAUGCACUGAAUGUUUGCUAGUUAAAGUCCAGAAUAUGGGAACAGGUUUAGUGCAAACGGACAAACUGGUGUUAAUCAUUUUUCUGUUUUG